AUGCCCCUAUGCGUUCCCCAACCCGCUGCGCCUCCGCUGUCAGUGCGCAUGCCGCUCGCGUAUGGGCCGCGAGCCGCAGCGGAGGAGAGGGCAGGCGGGGAAACCGCAAAAGGUGAGGAGGGCGCUGAGAAUGCGAGCGCUGGCGUCGGCGGUGGCGGCGGCGGCAUCGACCUGAAGCGGUGGAUGGAGCAGCGCGUGCGCGCCACGGGCAUCGAGCCCUUCCCGUCCCUGCACGGCGUCUUCCCCCCGCCGUCGCGCGCGCAUUCCCCCGACUCCCCGCCCGAGUACCACGAUUCGGGGUGGAUCAGAGAACCGCCCCGCAGCAGAGAGGGCAGGGAGGGGAAGGAGGGGAGAGAGGUUAAUAAGGGCAAGGGGGGCAAGGAAGGCAAGGAGGGGAGGCAGGCGAAUGGGGCCAAGGAGGCGAGGGAUGCCCCCGCGAGGCCGCAGGUGGCGAAGAGGGCGGGACGCGGGGCGAGCAGCAAGUUCGCGCGGCUGUCGCACGCGGAGUGGGAGGCGCAGGCCAUGGCCAUGGUGGCGCAGAAGAAGCGCCUCCUGCUCGCCGCGCGCUCCCGGGACGAACGCGCGCGGGACGAGCGGGGGGGUGCGGGAAAGGAGAGGGAGAAGAAGGACAGGGAGAGGCGCGAGGGCGCUGCAGGCGGCGGGAAGGAGGCGGGCGGGGGGGUGGCGGGGAGGGCGAGUGGCGCGGGGGGAGCGCGCGAGAGGGAGGGUGGGGCGCGCCAUGUGCAGCUGCUGCCGCCGCCGCGGCUGUCAGCGCGCCCUGCGGGGGAAGAUGGGGGCGAGAGCGCGGUGGAGGGCGGGCGGGCCGAGAGCAGUGCAGCAGGGGGAGCAUCGGCCGCCCAUGCGCCCCGCGUACCCACCCCUCUCACCCCGCACCGCCUUGCUCCCACUGCCUCUGCGGCUCCCCUGUCCCCCGCACGUCCCCUGGGGGUGACGGAUCCGCCAUCGAGGAGGGAGGCGGUGAGGAGGGCGAGGCAGGCGGCGCUGGUGGCGUGUCUGCUGGAGGAGGGCUUCCGCCUGCCCCACCUGCUGCGCUUCGCCUCUACCCGCUGCGCCUCGCUCACCACGUCCCCCACGCUGGCGCGGGAGCGCAUGGCCUAUCUGCGCGCCAUCGGCCUGCCGGCCACCGAUGUGCCGCGCCUCGUUGCGCGCUGCCCCAAGCUGCUCACCUACCGUGUUGACACGCGCAUGGCGCCACGUGUCGACUUCCUAUUGGCCCUGGGCGUGCCCGUUGACCGUGUGGCGCGUGUGGUGCAGCUCGCCCCCGGCAUCUUCGAGUGCAGUGUGGACCGCGCCCUCCGCCCGCGCAUCCGCUUCCUGCAGAAUGCGCUGCAGCUGAGAUUGCGACGAGGACGUGGUGAAGGUGGUGGUGCGCAGCCCGCAGGUGCUCACUCAGAGCGUGCAGGGCGGCCUCGUACCGCGCCUGCACUACUUCCUGCACCACCUCGCGCUGCCCCUACCCUCCCUCGCUUCCAUGGUCGUGCGGUCAGUGCCAUCCCCUCCAUGCUCGUGCGCCAUCCACAGCUGCUGCACUACUCAUUGGACGACGCUGUGCGCCCGCGGGUGGCGUUCCUCAGAGCCAUCGGCCUCUCCAGUCGGGAUGUCGCUCACGUGCUCUUCCGCCUGCCCCAGAUCCUCUCGCUCUCAGUGCCCAACUGCCUCGCGCCCAAGUACGACUACCUCAUCCGCCAUCUCGGCGGCUCCCCCAACUCCAUCGUCUCCUUCCCCGCCUACUUCUCCCUCUCCCUGCACACCCGCAUCCGCCCGCGCCACCUCUUCUACCUGCGCUGCCGAGCCGCCUCCGCACCCACUGCUGCCCCUCCUCAGCUGCUGUCUCCUCUUUCCCCGCCACCUGCUCACGACCCUCCCGCCUCACCCCGUGCUGCCACUUCCUCAUCUCCUGCCACUCCCAGUUCCCUUUCCGCGCUGCCACUGCCAACAGACACGUCUCUCAUGCCACCACCGCCGGCCCCGCACCCGGCCCAACCCGCGCACCCCUUCGCCUUUCUCUCCUCCGCCCGGCCCUUCUCAGGGCCCUCCUCUCCAACUCCCCCACCCCAAGCGCCGCUGCCCUCCACAGCGUUCCCUUUGAGCCUCCUAGCCCCCACGGACGAGGCCUUCUGCAAGCGCCUGGGGCUGCCCAACGACCUCGAGUUCCAGGCCUUCAAACUCGCCCUCGCCUCCUCUGCUGCUCCUCCGCCUCAGUCGUCUCAGGGUCUACUCGUGCAUGCUUCUGCUGCACUGCCGUCUGCAGCAGCACAACCAGCAGCAGGGGUGUUGAGGACAGGGAAAGGAGGACCCGUCACACGUCUGACUUCACCUGCCGGAGGAGAAAGCACAAGAGAAUCGACGGUUCAAGGGAGUUGA